AUGUCCAAAUACACACGAGAAGACUUUGACUUUCUCAAACAACUCGGCAAGGGAGCCUACAGCGAAGUUUUCCUAACCAAAUACAAGAAAUCCGGCACACACUACGCCACAAAAGUCAUCAAGAAGGAUUUCGUCAUUAAGGAGAAGAAAAUCAAUACGGUCAAGAUGGAGAAGGAAGUUCUCAACAUGUUGAGUCAUCCGAAUAUAAUUUCAUUGUUUUGUACCUAUCAGGAUAAGGAUCAUUUGUAUUUUGUGUUGGAAUUGGCUCCUGGAGGCGAAUUAGCAGGAAUAAUAGAAAAGUAUGGACCACUUUCGUUAGAUGCUUCACGAUUCUAUAUGGCCGAAUUGAUAAUGGGUCUUGAACAUAUACACUCGAAGAAUAUAUUGCACAGAGAUUUAAAACCGGAAAAUUUAAUUUUGAGUGAAGAUUUACAUUUGAAAAUAACAGAUUUUGGUACUGCCAAGAUUUUAAAGUUGACAAAACCACUAACAUCUGAUGGCGAAGAAUUUGAAGAACCAGUUCUUUAUGUGAAAGGUACUUUUGUUGGUACAGCUCACUAUGUUUCUCCAGAAAUUCUUAAAGAUUUGCCACAAUCUGAAAGUUCAGAUAUUUGGGCACUUGGCUGUAUUUUAUAUAAUUUUUUGACUGGUAAACAAUUAUUCGAUGGAGAGUCACAAUAUUUAAUUUUCCAAAAGAUUACAGCAAUAGAAAGAGAAGGAUUGAUAAUUGACGAUGAAGAAGAUUUGGAUCCAGUUGCAGUUGAUUUUAUAAGACAAGUUUGUGCAUUUGAAGCAGAAAAUAGAUUAGGAAGUAGACAAAGAGGAGGAAUGAGCUCUCUCAAACAACAUCCAUUCUUUGAGGGAAUUAAUUUUGAUGUUCUCCAACAAAUGGUUCCACCACUCAUUAAUGAAAGAUAUGCAGUCUCUUUAAAUGAUAGAUGGAGUAAAUUCUUGAUGAAGAAUGAAAAUGUUGUCUAUACUGCAUUGGUCAUUAAGAGAAGAAGAUUCACUGCCAAGAAGAGACAACUCAUACUGACGGAUAAACCUCGUAUCCUCUAUAUUGACCCAGAAAAGAUGAUUGUAAAGGGUAUCAUACCAUGGAGUAAUGAAUUAUAUGUUGUUAAGAAAAAUUCGAGAGAGUUCCACAUUCAAACAGUUGAGGAAGUGAAAGAACAACAAAAAUCUAAACGAAUGUAA